GCUGUUGCCGUAAAAAAAUCGCUUUGUUUUGGGGAAGCCUUUAAUCGAGCCUCUUUGCUUUACUCUUGCUUCGGUCACUCACGGUCACUACGCGCCUCUUCGAUGUCACUCCAUGUUCUCUCCACGGUGUACUAAAAUUUAUGCCGUGGUUCUCUCAUUUUCACGCAUCGGUCCGACUGGUUAGUGUGCUUUUCCUGUUGUCUUAAUAAGCGACGCAAAGUUAUAAAAUGGCCGAAAACAAACGUUCAGCGAUUUGGGAGUUUUUUGUGGAAAUCGACGGUGGCCGUCGUGCUAAAUGUGUUGAUUGUAAUGCCAUGAUUUCGCGAGGUGGUACCGGAAAAGCGGCUACGAAUUCAAGUAUGAUUAAUCACCUGAAGAAACAUUCGGCUUCGCAUCGUAUUCACCGGGAGAAAGAAGCUGAGCGUAAAGUUUCGAAAUCGGCGACGGAAUCAUCUCAGCCUACAAUCCAGGAAUGCUUUGCGGACAGCCAAAUGUGGGAUUUGAAUUCAUCCAAAGCAAAAGAAGUAACCAAUUCGAUUGCGGAAAUGAUAAUUUUGGAUCACCAACCAGUGUCCAUGGUUGAAGAUACGGGAUUCCUUCGCUUAAUGGCAAAGCUGCAGCCAAAAUUUAAGGUUCCCAGCAGAAAACACUUCACAUCAACGGUACUACCAGAAAUGUAUGAAAGGUGCAAGAGGACGAUCAAGAGCGCUCUACCUCAGCAUGACGACGGAGACGGUGGUUACAUUUCAUUUACGACGGACAUUUGGUCUUCCCCAAACAAUAAAUCUAUGAUUAGCUUGACCGCCCAUUGAUUCUCUGGAUCGCACACCGGAGAGAGAAUCGGCCUCAAAAUACAUGAGAUGCUAGGCAACUGGGCCAUCUCUACUACCCAAGUGCAUCUCGUCUUACGCGACAAUGCGGCCAAUAUGGUAAAAGGAUUGGAUGACGCCGAGUUAGCGAACGUUGGCUGCUUCCUGCAUUCUCUCCAGCUCGUCAUUCGCGAUGGUUUGGACUGUCAGAAGGUUGUUAAAGACGCUAUUGUAAAAUCACGCAAUAUUGUAACGCACUUUAACCACUCACCGUUGGCAUGUUCCAAAUUAGCAGAAAUACAGGAGAAAUAUGAAUUGCCCAAACGAAAACUAUUACAGGAUGUACCCACCCGUAGGAAUUCCACAUUUUACAUGAUAAGGCGCAUGCAUGACCAAAGGCCAGCUAUAACAUACUACGCAGGAGAAGUUAGUACGGUAAAAAAUUUGACGGAGUAUGAAUGGAAAUUAACCGGUCGUCUUCUCGAGCUUUUGAAGCCAUUCGAAGAAAUAACAAGAAUCGUCCGCUCAGAAGAUUCAUGUAUUUCUGAAGUAAUUCCAUAUUUCGCGACCCUUAAGCUUUACCUGGAGAAGCCAAACAGUGAACAUAAAGGAAUCGAACUCACAAAAGAAACCAUGCUGAAGAGUUUGAACUCUAGGUUCAAUCAUGUUUUUGACGAACAAUGCUCAUUUUUCAGUAAACGAUCACUUGAUUAGGAAUCACACCCAUAA